GUAUGCUAUUUGUCUUUCUCUGACUGACUUAUUUCAGUUAGCAUAAUUAUUUUUAGGUUGUAAAUGGCAUCGUUUCAUCCUUUCUGAUAAUGGAGUGAUAAUAUACCUUUUUAAACCAGGUUCUCCAAAGCCAGUAGAAGCCAGGAAAUUUAAUGCAGAAAUGUCAAUUUUGGGAUUGAAAUCAAAUAUUGUUUAUUUGAUAAAAAUGCAUUUUGAAGCUCCUAGAUGUUAUGAAGAACCAGUACUUCCUAGGAAAAGCAAACCCUGAUAAAGGAAGAGUAUUGUUUGAGCAGAAGUAAAGUUAAUUAAAAGAAUGAAAUAUAAGGAAUUUAAUGAAACUUAAAUUUAAUGAAAUUUAAUAGACACAACCUAGGAGCUGUGCAGCUAGGAAUUCAGCAUUCCAUAGAGAAUUUUGCCUGAUUGGCAUUUGUGAUGCAACUACAAACUCAACAUCACUUCAAUAAAUAAAGAAAAGUGUUUCUUUUAAGCCUCCUAUGACUUCCAGGCACAGGACUGUGUUGCAAUGCCUUUAAAGAUCACAAUCUGCUGUCACUUGCACACAUACACAAUGUAGUGGAGUAGUUCCCAGGGGAUUUCAGCACAGAUAAGUCUGGCAGGAGAACCACAAAUAAGCAACUGAAAAAUGAGAAACCACACAGAACUAACAGACUUUAUCCUCCUGGGAUUGUCAGAUGACCCACAGCUUCAGGAGGUGAUCUUUGUCUUUCUGCUUAUCACCUACAUGCUCAGCAUCACUGGGAACCUGACCAUUAUCACCCUCACCCUGCUGGAUUCCCACCUCCAGACCCCCAUGUAUUUCUUCCUCAGAAACUUCUCCUUACUUGAGAUUUCAUUCACAACUGUGAGCAUACCCAAGUUCCUGAGCACCCUGAUUACAGGAGAUAAAACUGUUUCCUUUAAUGAUUGUAUGGCUCAGUUAUUUUUUUUCAUUCUGUUGGGAGUCACUGAAUUUUACCUGCUGGCUGCCAUGUCCUAUGACCGAUACAUUGCCAUCUGCAAACCUCUGCAUUACAUGACCAUCAUGAAUCCCAGAGUCUGCAUACUCCUUGUCUUUGCUUCUUGGUCGGCUUCAUUCUUAAUCAUAUUCCCAUCACUCAUGCUGUUAAUACAGCUUGAUUAUUGUAAGUCCAAUGCUAUAGACCAUUUUACCUGUGACUAUUUCCCCUUACUACAUCUUUCUUGUUCAGACACUAGAUUCUUAGAGAUAGUGGGUUUUUCCUGUGCUGUUUUUACGUUAAUGUUCACAUUGAUGAUAAUAAUUCUGUCCUACAUAUAUAUCCUCAGAACAAUUUUGAAGAUUCCUUCUACUAGUCAGAGGACAAAGGCCUUUUCCACCUGUUCUUCCCACAUGAUUGUCAUCUCUAUCUCCUAUGGCAGCUGCAUUUUCAUGUAUAUUAACCCAGCAGCAAAAGACAGAGUGUCUCUGAGCAAGGGAGUUGCUGUGCUAAACACCUCGGUAGCCCCCAUGCUGAACCCCUUUAUUUACAGCCUAAGGAACCAGCAAGUCAAGCGAGCCUUCCUGGACAGGGCAAGGAAGAUUGUAUUUUUCUCAAGCAAAUGA